CUCACUUAUCUAUCUGCGUACAUUUGUUGCUCAAUCAACAAUCUGAUUCAGUUAUUCUCGGUUCUGUGGACGCAGCGUAGCGUCACGUUCAGAAAAUUGUUAAAAUAAACAAGUCCAAAACGUGUGCAACAUUCCAAGUUCUACGAGUAACAAUGAAGUUUGAAGCAAUUCUAUUUAUGGUGGUGAUCACUGCGCUACUAGUUAAAAGCGAACAUUUAAUUCUUGGAGAAGCGGACAAGAAACAGUUAAUUUUUCAUACAAAAGCACAAUACCAUUCAAUACCUUUUAUGAAGAGAGAGAAACAGGUUUUCUACAACAGUGUCGAUCAGAGACCAAUAAAUGCAAUCAUGGCUUAUGAUAAUCUUCAUUCAUUGGCUUCAGCAGUUGUCACAGCUGGGGGCCUGGGCUACGCCUACGUCAAUUUGCGACUAGAGAGUGAGCGUGGCGGGGCACUAGAUUACGAUAUUGGCAUUUAUUCAUAGUUAUAUUGUUAAGUACUAACGUAUGUAGGAGAUCAAAAAGUCAUUUGAAUACACUGUUUAUUACGCAAUUACAUUAAAAAUAAACUUUUUUUCGUUACAC